CAAGCAAAAUCUCAGAUGAUCAGCUGCAACCUGUGUCAAGAUGAGGAACGUGGAGCAUUUUGUAAAGUUGUAUUUUGUUUGGGGUUCACAAAUAAAAAAAACAAACUUAAUCUGUUGGCACAUCAGCACCACAUUAUCUUUAGCAUCAGGACUUGAAACAAUGUGAAACUGAGUCUGUUUCGAAGAGAGAAUCACAAACGCACACUUGACGAAAAUCAAUCUCUUCUGUGGUGAAGGAAAGGACUGAUAGUUGUCGACUGCAAGGCAACUGCUGAUUAUAUCUGUAUUCUGUUGCUAUUUAAUAAUAGUAAUAUUACGACUUUUUUUAAUAUUAUGACUUUAUUCUCAUUUGGCCAUAAUACUCCGUCGUACAUUCCCGUGCUGCACACAGGAAGUGAUUUGUUACGUGUCAGAACAGACGGAGGCAACCACAACAUUGUGCUAGUAAAGCAAGACGACCGCACAAAGGCACAAAGACCAAAGAAGAGGCAGAAUAAUAAGAAGUCAUAAGUAAUAAUUAGGACUUAUUAUUAAGUCGUGUUUUGCAAUCCAAAGUGUCUCCAAUUCUUGAACAUGUCCAGAUCACAAUCUGUGCUUUUACACUACAACUGUCAUGGGAUUAAACUCUCUGUGGCUGUAACUCAAUUACCAAUGACACAUUUUAAUAUCAGGUGUACAGGUACAGCUGGUUUAGAACCAGCAACUUCUGAUAUAUAGAUAGAUAGAUAGAUUGUAUAUUCUUUUAAACUAAUUCAUUUUUUUACUCUGCUUUAAUUCAUCUGUUUGACUGUUCCAUAAUUUAACCUACGAGACUGAAACACCCAUACUUGCCAUCUAAAAGGUUUACUAAAACAGAUUAGAGUGCCAAAAUGGAGAAGCAUCACUGGAAAUCACAGAGAAAUAAUUUCAACAACGGCGGAACAUUUUGAGUUGCUUUAAGCGGCCGUUGAUGACUUAGCUGAAACUUGCUAAAUGCGUGACACACUAGAGUUGAGUGUGAGAGUCGCCUCGUGGCGUUUGAAACUGAGUUUUACACCUACAAAGCACGAAGGUGUCGAAAGGUGAAGAUUCUGCGACGACAAGGUGACCCAUUUAAAACUUGCUGCAAGUUUUUGCUGCAGAAUAAUUCAAUGUGAAAGUGGGUCAACCAUUGGGCAUGAUCAAGAAAGAAGGAAAGAAAGAAGUGACAUCACCGGAGGAAGUGUGACAUCAGUGCUCAUCAGAUAAAACGCUUAAAUCUACAUGAACUUGUGAGAGAGACAACAGCUUUAUAAGCAGCAGCAGAUAACAAGACAGAGUAAACCUGAACCUCCAUCUGAACCCGAGGAACCUCCGAAGGAAACAAAGAACUGCAAAAAAACAGACCAACAACGAAUCUGAGAAGUCGAGCGACGUGUGAAGUUCAAAGAGAGAAGAAUUCAUGAUGUUUUCAACAACAAACUCCACAGUGAAGGCGACUUGUGUUGUGACAAUGAUGGUGAUGAUGAUGAUGGUGAUGGAGGCAGCAGCCAUGCCAAAAGCGGGCAGCCAUUCCAAACACUCGGGGAGGACACACAAGAACACUGACGGUGCUCACAUAGAAACAGUCCCCUUGCAACUUGACCCCAGCUUUUUGGCUCCUAAAAACAUCCGAUCACUUCAGAACUCCUCCAUCUCCCCAUGGACGUACAGCGUCUCCCAAGACGACUCUCUGAUCCCUCGGCUGUCGGAGGCGCGCUGUUUGCUGCAGGGCUGUCUGGAUUCUGAGGGCCUCGAGGACCUGAGCCUGGAGUCCAAACCCAUCAUGCACCAGGUCCUGUUGCUGCGGCGGGUCAGAACGCAGGAGGCGGGGCACGGCUACAUCUACCAGCUGGAGUCCCGCCUCAUUGCAGUGGGCUGCACCUGCAUCCGGCCCGUAGUCAAACUCCAACAGUGAAGACGAAUCCUGAGCAGAUCCUGGGUCAGCUGGACCCAAAAGAAGAAUAAAAAUUUGAUUUACAGAUAAGUUUAAAGAGAGUAAUCAGCAAAGUAGAGAAAGCACUGACAAACCCAGCAUCAAAACUAGUGAUAUCACAAACUCGAGUAUCUACCGAUAUUAGUCUUUUUAUACCAUUCAUGAAUGUAUGAAGCUAUUAACACAUUUGUGCUGAGUCAUUUCAAAGACAUCAUU